AUGUCAUUUGUUUUCGGAAUUUGUUUAGUCUUAACCGGAUUGACGUAUGCAGAAGUCCGUAUAACAAAUCACCAAGAAUUGAUGGAUGAAGGGUUUAAUGGUUUCUUAACGUGCUCGUCGCAACUAGGUCUAAGUGUCGAAGUUUGCAGUGAUUUGUUGGAUCCCAAGUUAAAUAGCAGUGAUACCAAAUACGACGGUUGUAAAUGUUUUUUACCAUGCAUGGCUAAAAUAAUAGGAACUAUGAACACCGGUGACGGUAAAUGGAAUGAAAAACGAUUUUGGGAAAUUACCGCAAUGCUCGAUGUACCUGAGUGGAAACAUGAGGCAGAAGUAAUUGGAAACAAUUGCAAAGACCGAGUGAACACGCAUUGUUCAGCUGGUUAUCCUUUAUUCCUGUGUGCGUUAAAACACUCUAAAAUGCUUCAAGAUAUGGCAAAGACUCAUAUGCUUCAAAAACAAGCAGCUAUCGAAGCAAUGAACAGUACAAAUGCCGAAUAUGAAGACGACGAUCAAAUUAAUCAGCCUACAACACGUUAA